AUGGCAACAUAUACAAACCCAGAUGGAAAUUUCCCUGUUCGAACUUCUAGCAAUAUUAGCAGAGCAAGCGCCAGCACUCGUACCACUGUACUUCAGUACACAUUUGCUGUUGGUGUUAUCUUGAAGGAAUAUGAAAGGCAUUCGGAGGAGUUUAAUAUUCAUGACUGUUGGGAAUGGAUCGACUAUAAAGUCAUCAUUUAUGAACUUCCAUCGAAGCUACAUGAAACUUGUAUUUGGGUGAUUUCUAAGCUUCUUAAUCAGUGUUGGAGUCCUGUUGACUUUACUGAUGCCAGUAUCAAAGAUCUCAGCACAGAACUCGUGCCGACAAUUCUGGGAAAGAAGGGGAUGCAUGUUUUCGACCUUCAAAAUCAUGAGUGUAACCACCAAACAGGAGUGAUGGAGAGGUCAACUUCCUUUAUGGAUGCAAAAUUUAACCCGCACCAGGCAUGGCAUUUUUGUGUCAGAGACAGACCCAGAAGAACGGCAGAUAUCCAACCUCGGACUUAUUUUGAAUUUGGUAUCCAAGACAAAUAUGGGAACCCGACAAAUAUUAUACCAGGUCAAUGUGUCAUCAACAUUUCUUUGGACUGUUUGUACCAUGAUGCAUUUCCUAGAAUCACAAUUCAUCGACAACUUCUCCCGGAUCCAAUUGCAUUGGAUUUCCUGCUAAUUCGAAACGAAUUCCUCGAAAUUUCGCCACUUAAUAAGAGUCAACCCGAUAAGGAGGAAGCUAUUACUCCCGACCCUAUAACCGGAAUAGAACAUAGCUCAACCCAGGUCCAAAAAACUGAAUCAUCUACAACCUCUUUUAAAGAGAUAAUGGAGAGAAUUAGGGAAAAAAAACUUCGAGAUCAAAAUUCAUCUUUGGAUAGUACUUUAUCGGAACCAUCCUACGAAAAUCAAAAUCUGGAAUCAUCUAUAAUAUCACAAUCUAUCUCUAAUAGUUCUGAGUUAUCUUCGGAUAAUAAUUCAUCAUGUGAUUCUGAGUCCAAAUCGCCUACUAAUGUAUCGCCUAAUCAGAGGCACGAAAUGCUUUGCUCCACAAAAAUUCCUUAUAAUCAAAAGGUAGAAUGA